AUGCGGCAGCAUGCCACAACAUCACGAGCUAACGAAACACCGCCAGAACGAGAACUACGCAUAGAAAAUAUGCGGCAUCAUGCCACUACAUCACGAGCUAACGAAACGCCAUCAGAAAGGGAAGGGCGCCUUCAAGGUCUGCGUCACCAUGCCACAACAUUGAGAGCAAAUGAAACAUCAGAACAACGAGAAGCACGCAUGGAAGCCCAGCGUAUUCAAACAUCAUCAAGAAGAGCAGCAGAGAGGUCAGAGCAACAAGACUUGCGUCGAAUGGCGGUUAAUCGUCGGAAUACUUGUGAUGCUUACGCACGUAUUGCAUUUAAUUACAGAACAGAUAUGGACUAUGCUAAUGAUAUAUUAGUGGCAAUUGGUCCCAUGAAUGUAGUUUGCCAAUAUUGUAAUGCACACAGGUACAAAAAUGAAGCUCCUGGAAUGUGUAGUUCAAACGGUAAAAUUGUUUUGCCAGAUAUGCUUCCACCACCAGAACCUUUAAAGUCACUGAUUUCAGGAACUAGCGAGGAUUCUCGAAAUUUUCUUAGUAACAUAAGAAAAUAUAAUUCGUGUUUUCAAAUGACAUCAUUCGGAGCUACUAAAGUAGUUCGAGAUAAUUACAUGCCAACAUUUCGUGUGCAAGGACAAAUAUAUCAUCUAAUGGGAUCAAUUUUGCCAAUUCCAAAUGAAGAGCCCAAGUUUCUUCAAAUUUAUUUCAUGGGACAGGCAGAUGAUAAUGUUCAGGUACAACAACGGCAGCAUUAUAACCCUGGAACAAAGCAACGUAUUGUAGCUGAAUUACAGGUAAUGUUUCAUGAAAACAACGAAUUAAUAAGGACCUUUAAGCAAGCCAAAGAUGACCCGCGAUUAUGUACAGAUGACCACGUCAUAGCGAUUCAUGCUGAUAAAACACCAGCUGGACAACACCAAGGACGUUACAAUGCACCCACAAUGGACGAUGUGGCAAUUCUAAUGGUUGGUGAUCCAAUAGCCCCACGUGAUAUUAUUAUUCGUAGACGUGACGAUCGAACAAACAGGAUAGCUGAAACUCAUCGUUCAUAUGACGCACUUCAGUAUCCAAUUAUAUUGCCAUAUGGGGAAGAUGGAUAUCAUUUUGAGUUACGGCAAAUUAAUCCGGCAACAAAUGUAACAACAAGGAAAAAAGUGAGUGCAAUGGAUUUCUAUGCAUAUCGCAUAAUGAUACGCCAAAAUGUGAAUCACGUUCUAAAUUGCCGGGAAUUAUUUCACCAAUACAUUGUAGAUAUGUACGCGAAAAUUGAAACGGAGCGAUUAUUAUACAUACGCCGUAAUCAAGCUAAAUUACGAGUGGAUAAUUAUAUUCAUCUUAGGGAUGCGUUAAAUAAUCAAAAUUAUAUAAAUCCCAAUGAACUUGGCCAAGCCAUAAUUCUACCAGCAACUUUCACAGGCAGCCCACGUCAUAUGCAGGAAUAUUGUCAAGAUGCAAUGACGUAUGUUCGAUCAUAUGGACGCCCAGAUCUGUUUAUUACAUUUACAUGUAAUCCCAAGUGGAAUGAAAUUAUUUCUGAAUUGUCCAAUGGCCAAAAAUCAGCACAUCGACAUGACAUAACAGCACGAGUGUUUAAACAAAAAUUAAAAUCUCUUAUGGAUUUCAUUGUAAAAUGUCAUGUAUUUGGAGAAACACGGUGCUGGAUGUAUUCUGUCGAAUGGCAGAAACGUGGAUUGCCACACGCUCAUAUUUUGAUUUGGUUGGUUGAAAAAAUUACACCUAAUCUUAUUGAUAAUAUAAUUUCUGCAGAGAUACCCGAUCCAAACAUUGAUCCAGAUUUGCACGAAAUUGUAAUUAAAAAUAUGAUUCAUGGUCCAUGUGGAAUCAUUAAUACACAUUCUCCAUGCAUGGUUGAUGGAAAAUGCACAAAGAAAUAUCCACGUCAAUUGCUUCCACAAAAAAUCUCGGGAAAUGAUGGAUACCCACUUUAUCGCCGACGUUCUGUGGAUGAUGGUGGCCAAACAAUUUCAGUAAAGAUAAAUGAAAAUGAUGUUGAUAAUCGCUGGAUAGUGCCUUACUGUCCAUUGCUUUCAAAAACCUUUAAAGCGCAUAUAAAUGUGGAGUAUUGUCAUUCUGUAAAGUCUAUCAAAUACAUCUGCAAAUAUGUAACUAAAGGGUCGGAUAUGGCUAUUUUUUCGUUGCAAAAUCCAAACGAUGAAAUUACUCAGUAUCAGAUGGCCAGGUACAUUAGUAGCAAUGAAGCAGUUUGGCGAAUUUUAGGAUUUCCUAUUCAUGAACGGCAUCCCACAGUUGUUCAUUUAUCAGUACAUCUUGAAAAUGGACAACGAGUUUAUUUUACAGAAGGAAAUGCGCGAGAGAGAGCAACAGAACCACCGGCUACAACACUAACUUCAUUUUUUGAUCUUUGCAGAAUGGAUUUAUUUGCUAAAACAUUGCUGUAUUCAGAAAUUCCAACGUACUAUACGUGGAAUGCAUCAACAAGGAAGUUCCAACGUCGUAAGCAAGGGAAACCUGUUGCAGGAUGGCCAAAUUUAUAUUCAACAGAUGCAUUAGGUAGGGUGUAUACUGUCCAUCCCCAAAAUUCAGAAUGUUUUUAUUUAAGACUGCUUUUAAUUAAUGUUCCAGGACCAACAUAUUUUGAGAACUUGCGUACUGUUGAUGGCGAAAUAUGUGCAACGUAUCGAGAGGCAUGCCAAAAACUACAAUUAUUGGAGAACGAUAGUCAUUGGGAAACCACGCUUGCAGAUGCAGCGGCAAUCAACCAUCCUUCGAAAAUAAGAACGUUAUUUGCAAUAAUAUUGGUGUCUUGCUCACCAGCCAAUCCAAAAGAACUAUGGAAUAAAUUCAAAACAUAUAUGGCUGAAGAUAUAUUACACCGGGAGAGAGUUACCACAAACAACGCUACAAUUGAACUCAACGAAAGAAUGUAUAAUGAGGCAUUAAUUUUACUGGAAGACAAAUGUUUGGAGAUAAAGAAUGUCGCACUCAUUGACGUUGGAAUGAUUUCCCCGAUUCGGUCAAGAACUGAUGCACAUGAUCAAGAUUUGCGACGAGAAAGAGAUUACAACACCCAAGAUUUGGAAAGUUUACUGGAAGAAAAUUUACCACAUUUACAACAAGAGCAGAGAAUAGCAUACAAUACUACAAUGGCAGCAAUAUCAAACAAACAUGGAGGACUGUAUUUUAUUGAUGCACCCGGAGGAACUGGAAAAACUUUUUUGAUUUCAUUAAUUUUGGCAAAAGUUCGAUCGCAAAAACAUAUUGCAUUAGCUAUUGCAUCAUCUGGCAUUGCAGCAACACUCUUAGAUGGUGGCAGAACAGCACAUUCUGCACUCAAAUUACCAUUGAAGCCUCAAUUUUACGAAGAUUACACAUGCAACAUAAAGAAAAAUUCUUCUAUGGGUAAAGUACUGCAACAAUGUGAAAUCAUAGUAUGGGAUGAAUGCACCAUGGCGCACAAAAAAUCUUUGGAAGCCCUUGAUCGCACUUUACAGGACUUAAGAAGUAAUAACAAAAUAUUUGGAGGUGCAUUAGUUCUAUUAGCUGGCGAUUUUCGUCAAACGCUUCCGGUAAUACCGGGAUCAACGCCAGCUGAUGAGCUAAAUGCAUGUCUAAAAUCAUCAUACCUUUGGAAACAUGUUCACACACUAAAAUUGACGACUAAUAUGCGUGUUCAGUUGCAACGUGAUGCUUCAGCUUCAACUUUUUCCAAACAAUUACUGGAUUUAGGGAACGGUAAAAUGCCAAUCCAUCCCACAACAAAAUGUAUAACAUUUCCAUCUGACUUCUGCAGGAUGACGCAAUCUAUACAAGAGUUAAUAAAUUGCGUUUUCCCCAAUAUCGGACAAAAUUUUAAAAACAAGCAAUGGUUAUGUGAACGCGUGUUACUGGCAGCCAAAAAUAUAGACGUUAACUCCAUCAACAGCAACAUUCUGAAUACCAUCGAUGGUAAUCUAAAAAUUUAUAAAUCAAUCGACACUGUUACAAAUAUUGAGGAUGUCGUCAAUUAUCCAGUAGAAUUUUUAAAUUCGUUAGAUUUGCCGGGCUUUCCACCACAUGACUUGCAGUUGAAAAUUGGUGCUCCUAUUAUUUUACUAAGAAACAUUGAUCCACCACGACUUUGUAAUGGCACUCGACUUAUAGUAAAGAAAUUAAUGAACAAUCUAAUCGAGGCGACCAUUAUAACUGGAAAGUACAAUGGAUCAGAUGUAUUGCUGCCACGUAUUCCGAUGAUAACUUCGGAAAUGCCAUUUGAUUUUAAGCGAUUGCAGUUUCCUAUUCGCCUAGCAUUUGCAAUGACAAUUAAUAAAGCUCAAGGUCAGUCUUUGCAAGUUUGUGGACUAAAUCUAGAAAAUCCAUGUUUUUCACAUGGACAGCUUUAUGUUGCAUGUUCGCGAGUGGGAAAACCCACAGACUUAUAUGUAUAUGCACCAGAAGGAAAAACCAAAAAUAUUGUAUAUCCUAAGGCAUUAGAAUAA